AUGUUUUGUUGAGUUUGAGUCAGUGCAACUGCGCAAAGGAAUGUCAGAAUUUGCUGUUAUCGCGAUUUUCCCACGAAACUCAACUAAAUUCCUUUGCUUCUGUCGCAUCUCCCGUGCCUUCCGGAACUCUAAGCAGGGGUGCUUGGUGUGGAAAAACCAGUGGUGCUGAUGAAAGUGUGGGCAAUGCGUGAUAUUUGUGCGUGCUAAAAGAGGUGUUGUCCAUGGGACGAAGACGCUGACGGUGUUUGAUCGAAUUGGUGCCUUUGAGUGGUGCCCCCAGAGGCAAUAGCGGAGUCAAUUGCUCCAAGUUGACAAUCGUCGCGACUUCCGGUCGCUGUGAGUGGCAAAGUAAAAAAAAAGGUGCGUAGCAAAAGACGUUGCAAGAGAGUGAACGGAGGCGCCCUGACGUGGUCCAGUGAUUUGUUUUGGGUGUGAGAAGCCGCCAGUGUGUGCGUGUGGCCACUUCCAGUGAAAGUGAUCAUACCGUUUGGACGGAUUGAAUGUGCCUCGGGCGUGAUUAGUGCAUUUGUAUAGUAAGUGGUAUAAUGUUUUCGAAGAAGAAGAAAAAGCCCCAGAUCUCCCUGCCGUCCAACUUUGAGCAUCGCGUUCACACGGGCUUUGACAAGCGCGAGGGCAAGUAUGUGGGCCUUCCGUUGCAGUGGGCCUCAAUUGUUGGCAACAAUCAAAUCCUCAAGUCCACCAAUCGGCCGCUACCCCUCGUGGACCCCUCAGAAAUCACCCCUACGGAGAUUCUCGACCUGAAGACCAUCGUACGACCGCACGGUAACAACAAUAUUCCCGGACGGCCGGCGGCACCAGCAGCAGAUGCCAACAACGGAGCCAUCGUCCUGCCCAAGACAUCCCACGUGGCUCGCUCUAAUUCCCUGCGCAGCUCUAGUCCACCCCGAAUGCGACGUGACAUCCGUGGAGCAGCCAAUGUGCCACCCUCCGUGCCAGAGGAGAUCGCGGCGGCACCCUACGCCGCCGCCCGCCACCCAAUGAAGCCCCCCAUGCAACCACCUGGUGACUGGCGAACAACACAUUACGACAAUCAGCCCAUGUACCAGAACAACGUGCCGCCGCUCAAUGGCAAUGCCGCCGGCGCUCAAAUUGAAUACCGCCCGCAGCAGCCAUCGCCCGCCGGCGUCCCUCCACGGCCAGCUUUUCAUGGCCACGGUCCCGCCCAGCAAAUGCACGGCUUUGCAGCGGCACACAGGGCACCGCCACCUGACCAGAAUCAGAAUGUCCAUCCACAUCAUCAUCAUCAUCCACCUGCCCCAGCUGCCAAACCCUACACUCGUACUUCCAAUUCGAGCGCCGGAAAUGCAUCAACGGCCACUCAUAGUACCACAGCGGCCACUCCAGGCUCCACUGCAGCCCCCGGCGGACCCAGUCCCAGUGGUAGCAAGCAAGAGCAAAGGCUCACGCACGAACAGUUCCGUGCUGCUCUUCAAAUGGUUGUGUCAGCUGGUGAUCCGCGUGAAAAUUUGGAUAAUUUCAUGAAAAUUGGCGAAGGUUCAACAGGAACGGUUUGCAUUGCUACGGAUAAAUCAACAGGACGUCAAGUGGCAGUGAAGAAGAUGGAUUUGAGGAAGCAACAGAGGAGAGAGCUUCUGUUCAACGAGGUUGUCAUCAUGAGGGAUUACCAUCAUCCCAAUAUUGUGGAGACUUACAGUAGUUUUCUGGUGGAUGAUGAACUCUGGGUCGUGAUGGAAUAUCUCGAGGGUGGUGCUCUCACUGACAUUGUUACGCAUUCUCGCAUGGAUGAGGAACAAAUUGCCACGGUGUGCAAGCAGUGCUUGAAGGCAUUGGCAUACUUACAUUCCCAGGGUGUCAUUCAUCGGGACAUUAAGUCUGAUUCGAUUCUGCUGGCUUCGGAUGGUCGAGUGAAGCUCAGUGAUUUUGGAUUCUGUGCUCAGGUAUCACAGGAAUUGCCGAAGAGAAAAUCUCUGGUGGGGACACCGUAUUGGAUGUCUCCGGAGGUGAUUUCUCGCUUGCCCUAUGGCCCUGAAGUGGAUAUUUGGUCAUUGGGCAUUAUGGUGAUUGAAAUGGUUGAUGGGGAGCCGCCGUUCUUCAAUGAACCUCCGCUCCAGGCAAUGCGUCGGAUUAGGGAUAUGUUGCCGCCGAAACUGAAGAAUGCCCAGAAGGUGUCACCGAGGCUGCAGAGUUUCCUGGACAGGAUGCUGGUCAGGGAUCCGGCGCAGCGGGCAACAGCUGCGGAAUUGCUUCAGCAUCCAUUCCUGCGUCAAGCUGGUCCUCCGUCGCUCCUUGUGUCGCUCAUGAGACGCUCAUAGGAGGACAAUCUCUCACUUGACCAAACGAUCUUGUGACAUUUGGUCAAUAUUUGAGGGAUUGCAUUUCCCUUCUUUAGCGCUUAAGGUUUACAGUUUACUUAGUUUCUCUCAAUCUUUCUGUCGUUUUCAAUGACCCCCCCAGAAACUCCACAAUCAGUAUAGAGGCGCACUCGGGCAGUUGGCUCGUGUGGCCAAUAAUUGUAUUUUUUUUAUAACGCCGUCCGGUAGUUUUUUUUUUUAUAAACACAAAUUAUCAUUUUUUAAUUAACUUAUUGACAGUUUCUUGUUAGUUUUCCUUUGUCAUCUAUUUUAGUUUUUUUUCUUUUUUAGUUUUAAUCUGAGGGAGAUUUUAGGGUAAAAUUCUUAGGAGUUUUAAGUGUUUGCAAAUUUCCUCGAGAAAAAAGAAAACCCAAUAAAAACUGAUUUAUAUCAGGGAUUCUUUUAAAGACUUGGCCACUGUUUUUUUUUGGACAGAUAAAUUCGUGUGCCUUAAAGACAAUUCCUUCUCAGCAGAGUUAAUACAAAAAAAAAACAAUAAUUGAAUAAAAAGUGCGAUUACAUUUUAUAUAAAUGCAUUUAAUACAAUAAAUUUGAUAAAUACAAUUUGAUAUUUAAUUAAUAGAAAAUUAAUAAAUUGUUUAAUCCAGGAGAUAAGUUAGGAUUAGAGUGUACAAAAAACAAAACAAUCAUGAGCUUAAGUGGAGGUAAAAUUAAAUAAAAAUAAUAAAUUAAGAAUUGCAUUAAUAUUAAGGUCACCAAAGGCAUUCCAAGGGGGACACUCAUCGAGAGAUAAAAGCCCUCAAAUUUUUUCGCAUAAGUUUUUUCUUCAUAUAUUUUUUUUUCUUCCAAGAAAGCAUUAAUAAUGAUAAAUUUUUUUUUGUAACUGA